AUGGAACAUGUCCAGCUGACCUCGAGCUUCAAGGCCACAGCACAGUGCGAGCACUCCUUCUGCAGCCGCUGCUUGUCCUCGCACAUCACCUGGAGGAUCGACGAAGGACUUGCGAACGUGCGAUGCCCCGGUUUGAAUUGCCAAGCCAGGCUCGACCCCCUCCGGUACAGGGAGCUCCUCUCGAGCGAAUCCUUUCUUAGGUGGUGCGACCUUCUAUGUGAGUCGCACAUCGGGGGUUUCUCGAAGUGUUACUGCCCGAACUCGAAUUGCCGAGAGCUCAUUGUGGACGAGUGUGGAUGCAGUGGCAUAGCCAAGAGAUUCGAUUGCCCUAAAUGCCGCCAAAGCGGUUGUUUCCAGUGUGCGAGCGCAUGGGUCGAAGGCCAUCGAUGCAGCGGAACGCAUGAUGAGGGGCUUAUUCUAUUGGAACGUCUAGCGGAAAGGAAGAAGUGGGGGCGGUGCCCGAAUUGCCACAUAUACGUCGAGCGCCCCGGAGGUUGCAAUAUGAUCCGAUGCAGGUAA